AUGACUGCCAAAGAGUUUGAGGAGCUUGCCCUCAAUGGCCACAAUUACCCUACAUGGGCUAUGGACAUCAAGAUCAGUCUUGCGUCUCGUGGGAUAGCACGUGCAAUACAACCCCCGGAGACUCCUCUCCCGGCUGGGGCCACGCCGCUGACAGAACAGCAGAACUAUGAUGACUUAUUCAUCAUAAGGCACCAUAUUCAUUCAGAUCUCAAGUCUGAGUAUUUACAGGAGGAAUCUCCUAGUACUCUGUUUCUGGCCCUCAAAACGAGGUAUGAACAGCAGAAGGCAGUAGUCCUGCCCGAAGCACUCCAUGAUUCGACUCAUCUUCGUCUUCAGGAUUUCAAGUCCAUUGGUGAGUACAAUCAUGCUGUUCAUAAGAUAUGUUCCAAACUGCGUUUUUGUGAGAAGGAACCUACUGAGGGGGAGAAGAUAGACAAAACUUUGUCUACUAUGCUCCCUUCAGAUAGGAUCCUCCAACAGCAAUACCAUGCUCGUAACUACACUGUCUAUUCCGAGCUUAUUCACAUGUUACUUCAGGAUGAAAAGCAUGAUGAGCUACUCGCUAAGAAUGGCUCUCACCGCCUAGUUGGGGCACAACCUUUACCUGAAGUUCAUUUGAAUGUUGCAAAUAGACAAAGGUUUAAUGGUACCUCUCGAGGUAAACAAUCCAAUUCCGAGCAUAAGCGAAAGCGCAAUGGGAACAGGAGAUCUAGACACCCAGGCAAGGGAAAAGGCACUUCAAAGCCCAGGUUUGAUAAAUCCAAGCUUUGCAGCAAGUGUGGAUGCUACACGCAUUCUACUGAAAAGUGCACAAUGCCCAAGCAUCUGGUUAUGCUGUACCAGCAAUCUCAGGGACGCAAAGCACCUCAAGGGAAAAGGUUUGAAGCCAACUUCAACCUUCAUCCGGAUAGCGCAAAAGGAGCUGGUGAUUCGCACGAUGUUCCUCCUGGACCGAGCAACGCCAUGGUUCCUUAUCUGCCUGAGGAUACUGCAGAAAUGGAGAUCACGUUGAUUGAGUACACCGCAAACAAUGUGUUUGGCGACUUCGACUAG